AUGGCUGAUUCGAACAACCAACAACAUCUAACUGUUGCCGGCGGUACGGAGGUACCCAACCUCAAUGAUGAUCCCGGUUCACCCUUAAAUGUUGUCCCACAUAAUCUUUCACUUCAUUUUGCAUUUAAUGAAGAUGAAGAUGCUUUGGGUGAGGGUAGAGUUUCUUCAGAUCCUGAACCUAUUUCUUCAGAGAUUCCACCCUCUCUUCUGAAUCAAAAUGGACAAAAUGAUGAUGAAGAUGGUGUUCAAGAUUGUACUUUUACUCAGUUGCUAUCCACAGGUGUUCAUGCGGACGAGGAAUUUUAUGUUCACCACACACCCAAUGGGACUAGAAUGUGGUGUCCUAAUGUUCCUAUUGUUUUAAAGCCUGUUGUUGGUUCUGUUUAUGAAACGUGGAAGGAUGUGUUCAGUAUGUACAAGGACUAUGCUGUGUAUUCUGGGUUUUCUAUUCGUAAGGGUCAAACCAAGAGAUGGAAGGGGGUUGUCACUCACCAGCAAAGUAAUUUCACAGUGACAGAUUGCAAGGCUAGUAUACUGGUUAAGUUUUGUGAAGGCAGCUCUACGUGCACAGUGGUAGGGUUCAAUGAGCACCAUAAUCAUCCGUUUGUUGAGCGUUUCAAUCGUGACCUAAGUAGGACUUCAAGGAAACUACCAUUUGCAUCGAAACAGUUUAUCCAUAACAUGAGUUUGAACAGAAUUGGUCCGAUUGUUUCUCACAGAGUUUUAGUGUCCCUGAUGGGUGGACAUCACAAUGUACGUGGCACGCCAACUGAUUUUAAGAACUGGAGCCAGUCGGUUAGGCUUUAUAUUGGCGAUCGUGAUGCGCAACUUGUUAUAGAUCGUCUCAAAGAAAGAUCUGAGAGCUUACCAGACUUUUACUAUGAGUUUGUUGUUGAGAAAGGGCAAUUGAGAUCGAUUUUUUGGGCAGACGAAAUUUCCAAGAUAAACUACGAGGUGUUUGGGGAUGUGUUAGCUUUUGAUGCGACUUAUCACACUAACAAGUACAACAUGAUUUUUGUUCCUUUCACAGGCGUUGAUAAUCAUAAACAAUGUGUGACAUUCGGUGCUGGCUUGUUAUUCAAUGAAACCACUGAGUCUUACAAGUGGUUACUUGAAUCAUUUCUGAAGGCACACAAGAAGCAACCAAAGUUAGUUCUGACGGACCAGGAUCCUUCAAUGAAAGCUGCCAUUUCAGAGGUUUUCACAGACUCUCGGCACCGCCUUUGCAUGUGGCAUAUUAUGAAGAAACUUCCCACCAAGAUUGCUUGUUAUAAAACUCUGAGCUAA